UUCACCUUGACGGGGAGCAAACGGGGCAGCGGCAGGUAGACUGCACCCGCCCGUGCACCGGAGCCGGAGCUACCCCGGGACCCCCGGGACGGGUGGCCGUAGCAGAGGUGUGGGAGGUCCAGGAGCCGGCGGCGAUGGCCAACAGCCACGACUGGUGGAAGCUGACCUUCCUGCGGAAGCGUCGGUCGAUGCCCACGGUGCUGUACGAGAGCCCCGACAGCCACGCUGCCGCCGCCAGUGAGAGCCCCGAGGGAGAGGAGGGGACGCCCGGCUUCGCCGCCCGCCUGGAGAAGAUCGUGGACAAUAGCAGCAAGGGCAAAUACGUCAAGGUCUCCAACUCGGGACGCUUCAAGGAGAAGAAAGUGCGGACGACACUGGCCGAGAACCACAACCUCUGCGCUGCUGGUGAGCGGGAGGAGAAAUGAUGGGGCCGGUUGCUGGUACCCGCUGGUCACCAGCUCCGGCUUCCCGGGGCGGCCCGGCCCCGGCUGCGGGACGAGGAAGGACUCGCACAGCAGUUUAUUUCAGAAAGAAGCAAGGACACGAUUUAACACAAAUCCCUGCCCCCCCCCCCCCCGAGCCCCCUGCAGGCAGAGGGACCCCCUCAAGGCUGACUGGUUAUACUGGGAUGAGGACUCUCACCUCAGCUUGACCACUUGCUGGGGACCACUGUUGUCCAUCAUUCACCCAUACAACGGCCACGCUCCUGCUGCUCCCCUCCGGCCUGUCACUCCUGCAGGGGCCAGACCAGGGGACUCCCUGCUCCUCUCCCAAACCUGAGGGGCUGCGUGGCAGCAGGCAGAGCCACUGACGGCCGUGUCCUUGCCAGCAGUCACCCCUAAACCAGGGGACUUGACGCUUCUCUGCCCCGAGGGAACAACCCUGUGAUCAAAGUCUCU